UGAGGAGGAGCCGAGCGGGGCGGUAUUGUCCGCGCUCUGCAGCCCCGAGCGCCCGGCGCCGGCCGGGAGUGCGCGUGGGGUUUGUGGCCAUCGGCCUCUCCGGGCCCCCGCCGCCGGGCUUUCCAGCGCCCCGGACGUGCCUCUGUCCUGCUCGCCUGGCCCGGAGGGAGGGCCCUGCUGAGGAGCCUGGCGCCCCGGCCCCCCGCGGUGACCACGGGACGCAGCCGCAGGGAGCAGCCGCGCGGAUGCUGGGGCGCCUCUCCAUAGCGGGGCGCAGCCUCCUCGUGCCCCACCUGGCUGGCACGAUGGGGGGCGGAGGGUCGGCCCUGAGGGUCUGCGCUGACCACCGCGGGGGCAUCAACUGGCUCAGUCUGAGCCCUGACGGGCAGCGUCUGUUAACGGGCAGCGAGGACGGCACAGCCCGGCUCUGGAGCACCGCGGACGGCCAGUGCUGUGCGCUCCUGCAAGGGCACGAGAGCUACGUGACCUUCUGCCAUCUGGAGGAUGAGGCCGCCUUCACGUGCAGCGCCGACCGCACCAUCAGGAAGUGGGACGUGCUCAACGGGCAGUGCCUGCAGGUGUUCCGAGGACACACAGCCAUUGUGAACAGGAUCCUGGUUGCCGACAACCAGCUCUUCAGCAGCUCCUAUGACCGGACAGCUCGUGCCUGGAGUAUAGACAAGGGCCAGGUGUCCCGGGAGUUCCGGGGCCACCGCAACUGUGUGCUGACCCUAGCCUAUUCUGCCCCCUGGGGCCUCCCUAGGGCUCCCUGCUCGGAGGAGGCCGUGGCCGGGGGGCUCCUGGUGACGGGCAGCACCGAUGGCACGGCCAAGGUGUGGCAGGUGGCCAGUGGCUGCUGCCACCAGACGCUGCGGGGCCACACGGGCGCGGUGCUGUGCCUUGUGCUAGACACGCCAGGCCACACGGCCUUUACCGGCAGCACCGACGGCACCAUCCGCUCCUGGGACAUCCUGAGUGGGGAGCAGCUGCGGGUCUUCCAGGAGCACCAGGGCUCCGUCAUCUGCCUGGAGCUCGUGAACCAGCACGUGUACUCGGGCAGUGCCGACAGGACGGUGAAGUGCUGGCUGGCGGACACAGGGGAGCCCGUGCGCACGUUCACGGCCCACAGGCACAGUGUCAGCGCCCUCAAGUACCAUGCAGGCACCCUGUUCACAGGCUGCGCGGACGCCCGCGCGCGCGCCUUCGACGCCCAGUCCGGGGCGCUGCAGAGGGUGUUCCGCGGCCACGCCUUCGUCAUCAACUGCAUCCAGCAACAAGGUGGGCUGCACCGACGCCCCGCCCCUGCAGCCGGCCUGAGCCCAUCCACCCGCGGACGCGGACCCCCGCCCGCCCGGACGGCCUGCCUGCAGGCGGAGGAAGCCUGUGCCCUCGGGGACCGCGCCCCCGGCCCGCCCCUCCAGCCGGGCCCAGCUCACCGGGCUCAUCCCCGACUCUCAGAGUCUCCAGCCCCACAGCCAGAGCCCCAGAAGCCAUGCCUUUCCUGCUGAGAGGAAACAGACGUUUCUUCAAAAAGCUGCUGAGCCGCAGACUGUAUUUUAGCAAAUGGUUUCUCCUGAGGACACUUGUGAAGAACAAAAAUACGUGUCCUUAAAAGUG